UGAAUAUCUAAUUUCUUUGUAAAACGUCUCAUUUCACGAAACAAUACAAGAAAACGUAUUUACAAGUGCAUUUCAUAUUGUUUCAUUUGAAUUAAAGACCCUUUACGCGUUGUGACUGUUGAUUAUAUGGAAACCAUGAAAUGUUUGACAUUUUUAUCAUUAUUGUUUGUAUGCAGCGCUUUACUGUCUGUUGCAAAUGGAAAAAGACGUAGAAGACAGCAAUCCAACAGUAUGCUUCUAAAUUAUGAGAAAGGCAAAACAUCAUGGGAGACACGCGGAUUAAAUCAAAUUCAAAGGGCUGCAUCACGGGUACCAAACCAAAGGCUAGCAAAGAAUAUCAUCUUAUUUAUUGGAGAUGGAAUGGGUAUUUCUACAGUGACAGCAGCGAGAAUUCUUGGAGGGCAGAAAUUGAACAUGCCUGGAGAAGAAAAUAUGCUGAAAUUCGAGCAGUUUGACGAUGUUGCUUUGUCAAAGACCUACAUUCUUGAUCGCAUGACAGCUGACUCGGCCGCUUCAGCGACAGCUCUUCUAUGUGGUGUGAAAACAAAUUAUUUGGUGAUUGGUAUGGAUGGCGAAGCUGUAUACAAGAACUGUACUGAAACAGAAAGGAAGAGUCAGAAGUUAGAUUCUGUUCUAGAAUGGGCACAAGCUGCAGGAAAGAGGACAGGGAUAGUAACAACUGCACGAAUUACGCACGCCACCCCUGCUGCGGCUUAUGCGAAGACACCAAGUCGGAACUGGGAGGGAGAUUCAGCAAUGUCAAAAAGUGACGCCCCGUGCAAAGAUAUUGCUAGGCAACUGGUCGAAGACAAUAAGGACAUAAAUGUGCUGCUUGGAGGAGGACGACAGUUUUUCAUACCAAAUUAUGUCAUAGACCCAGAGAUAAAGAGAGUUGACGGAGAUCAAAGGCAGGACGGCAGAAAUUUAAUAACUGAAUGGAUAGGUGAUAAAGCACAACGUGGUGUUAAUCAUAAUUAUGUUUGGAAUAGAGAUCAAUUCCUGGCGGUAGAUGGAAAUAACACAGACUUCCUGCUAGGUUUGUUUGAUCCAAGCCAUAUGGAUUAUGAUAUGGACAGAUUAGAACAUGGACCAUACAGUGAACCAUCAUUAUCAGAAAUGGUAGGAAAAGCCAUAGACGUUCUUCGAAAGGGCAAAGAUGGAUUUUUUCUCCUUGUUGAAGGAGCAAAGAUUGACCAUGGGCAUCAUGCGAACAGACCAGAGAAAGCGCUAUAUGAUGUUUUAGCGAUGGACAAAGCAGUAGAUGUUGCAAUCAGCAAGACAGAUUUUCAAGACACACUCAUAAUGGUUACAGCAGAUCACUCUCAUGCAUUUGAUAUUGCGGGUUAUCCAAGCAGAGGCUCAAAUAUUCUAGGUUUAGUGAAGACCCCUGCAGGACCAGUUGUGGCCGAAGAUGAGAUGCCAUACACAAUUCUGCAGUACAGUAACGGACCAGGUUAUUCUUUACCUAGACGAAACCUUUUCAAUAUAGAUAUGUCUAACGGGGCUAAACAAUUUCCAUCGGGUAUACCUUUAUCAACUGAAACCCAUGGUGCAGAGGAUGUUUCCGUCUACGCAAGGGGACCAAUGUCCCAUCUAGUGCAGGGAGUCCAGGAACAAACAUAUUUUGCCUAUGUGAUGGCUUAUGCAGCAUGUAUAGGACCUUAUGCGACCGGCAAAAACAAUAAAGAUUGUCGAAGUGGGCACAAACUGUAGGAAUAUAACUGUAAACUUCCCCACAUUUUUGCUGUGAUACAGAUACGUUAUAUCAGACACAAACCAUCAUUUCCAAAAUGAGUGCUACCUUUUUUGAUGAGUUUAAUGUAUUUACAAAAAAUGUCUUUCCAGUUACGAGUACAAUACUAGUAUAAGCCCUGUUCACGAAAUACCCAAGGAGAAAACACAUCAGGAAAAGGGCCGAUAUUUUCUGUCGCAUUAAUAAUGUCUAAAUAAAUCACCCCGAGCUAAAAUCAAGUUUUAAACUUCCAAGCAAAUUUCCAAGUUAUGGAGGUUUCAUUGUAAUUUACAUAGAGCAGUUCCGAAAUAUAUGUGGCUUAAUCUAGUAUUUGUAGGCUAUAACUGGCGGAAGUUGGUGUUUAUUAUGUGGAUGUACACCUGUUUGAAAGACCUUUGACAAAGCUCAGUGUGUUGUUCAGUACUCCAUUCAAGCAAUGCCAAACAAUGUCAAUUCUUUGCAUAAAAAUUAUUUCUUUUAAAAGGAAAAGUUACUUACGUGUAUUUAAGACUUAGUUUGAAAUGUAAACCACAGGACGAAUAUAGUGCUUUAUUAUUUGCGUAAAGAGAACGUUGCCCUAUUAUUUGCCUGUUCUGCUCUGCAAUGUGAUGUUUAGUUUAAACAAUUUUGUUUUGAUAGAAAAUAAACUAAGAUAUUUGUA